AUGAUUAUUUUUAGAUUCCCUAAUAUAUACUAAAGUUAAUACAUUGAGAAUCUUAUCUAAUAAAGUUUAAAAAUAAGUCAUUUAUUACAAUUAACCUAUUUCUAAAUAUACAUGUUAAUUUUAGGAGAAUUUUAAUAGAUAAUAUAAUUGAAAAGACUUACUUUCAAGUUUUAAGCGUUAAUAAAAUUAAAAAACAAAAGUUUUAGUAAGUUUUUUAAAAGGCGGGAAUAUGAUUUUUCCAUGAUUAUUUGUAUAUAGUAUUUGGAUUAAAAUCACUAUGCAUCAGACAAUCAUGCGAUUACUAGUAAACUUGUAAUAAUUUAUAAUUGGAAAAGUUCAAUGGAAUUUUAAUUCAACUAUUUUUUAAUUGAUUGA